CCAGAUGCUGCAGAGACCCCAACUGAGAUCUGGGCCCUGUUCUGCCAGGCACCGAAGAGACCCCAGAUCCAGCUAUGAUGAUGGGGAAGGUUCCCUCCUUCUCCCCCGGCUCCACAGUGAGCUCCGCUCUGCCCGGCUACGUCGCUCUCUGCCUCGCUCUACAGGUGCAGAGGCUGGUGUCAGCACAGUUCACAGUGACUGGACCUGAUCGUCCAAUCACAGCAUCUGUCGGUGGGGAGGCCGUCCUGCCCUGCCACCUCUCCCCCAGGAUGAGUGCUAAGAGCAUGGAGGUGAGAUGGAUCUGAUCCCAGCACUCUGCAGUUGUGCACCUGUACCAAGAUGGGCAGGAUCGGUAUGAAAAUCAGAUGUUGGACUAUCAAGGAAGGACAGAGCUGCUGAAAGAUGACAUCACCAAUGGAAGUGUUUCCUUGAGAAUACGUGAUAUCCAACCUUCUGACAAGGGCCAGUACACUUUUUUAUUUCAAUCACUUACCUUCUUUCAAGGCACCUCAGUGCUCCUGCAGGUGGAAGGUUUGGGCUCUGGCCCUGACAUCUCUGUGGAGGGACAUCAGGACGGAGGGAUCAAGGUGGUGUGUUGUUCAUCCAGAUGGUACCCACAGCCCGAGGCUCAGUGGAGAGAUCUUCAGGGACAGUUCUUACCAUCAGCCUCUGAAAACAUAUCCCGAGCAGCUGGUGGCCUGUUUCAAACAGAGAUUGCCAUUGUUAUAACAGAAGAGUCCAACCAGAAAGUGUCCUGCUGUGUUAGGAACCCGCGUGUCAACCAGGAGAGAGAGUCAGCAAUUUACAUAGCAGAUCUCUUUUUUCCACGGGUCUCUCCCUGGGUGGUGGCUCUGGCAGUGAUCCUGGCUCUUGUCAUUGUCCUGGCCAUCUGCUGCAUCUGGACACAACGCAGAGCAAAAGAGACCCUGCAAACUCAUAUGAAGAAUCAGAAGGGGAUUCUGCUAACUGAAAUGGAGCGUGAGAAUGAGAGACUGCAAUCUGAACUGGCGAAACAGAAAGACUAGCAACUUACACACCCCAAUUUGAUACACUGAAUUGCCCAGUCCCUUGUCUUCUGGACACCUGCAAUGCACCAGUCCACUGCCUCCGUGGAAGCAGGGCACCCCAGUUAACUGGCUUCACCUCAGUUCAAGGCACUUAGAGUAAAACCAAACACGUUUAUUUUACAGAUCUUGAGAUAAAGAUUCAAAUAAAAGCAAGCAAAAGGAUUAUAAUAUGGAGAUAUACCUCUCUCAUAAAACUGGAAGGAUGUUGAAAG